AGCAUCAUUGAACGGCUGAAUUACUAUGGACCAAUGGGAAGUGAUCCAGGAAUCCAGCAGCCAAGUAAACGGAAGCACAUAUUCUGCAUCUUUCAGCAUUUAAAAGCAGUGACGAUAGGACGCUACUGCAGAGUCGUGAAAACACCAUCAGUCCUGUUCACAGCACAGAAUCAGACUAAUCUAAUCUGAGUUCGAAUAUGUUUAAAUUGUAGGCGACCUUACAGAAUAAUAACAACUGGGUAACAGAGCGACUGCUUGGAAUAAAUGGACUGCAUUCCAGAGGGAGCUGGCUGAAAUUAAGAUGACCUGUUCACAUGUUAUUCAGACUGCUGGCAGCUGUUAUGUUGAAGGACCGAAAGAAGCAAACUAGAGAGGAUCAAACUCUGGAUCUACUUCACCACAUUAUAUAGAGUUUAUUGCAUCCUGGUGGUUGAACUUUGUGAGAUAACUGUCUUAAGGGAUCCAGAAGCCAAAAUGGCUGACAGUGUGAAUACACUGCCAUUCUUCUAUGGCAACAUCACCAGGGAGGAGGCAGAGGACUACCUGCAGCAGGCAGGCAUGGGCAAUGGCUUGUACCUGCUACGGCAAAGUCGCAACUAUCUUGGAGGGUUUGCACUCUCUGUGUUGUAUUCAGGCCGCUGCUACCACUACACCAUUGAAAGAGAACCCGAUGAAACAUAUGCUAUAGCUGGUGGUAGGAGCCAUAGGAGCCCUGUGGAUGUGAUUGACUACCACUCCCAGGAGAUGGAUGGCCUUGUCUGUCUGCUCAAGAAGCCCUGCAACAGGCCCAAGGACAUGCAGCCAAAGGUGGGGCCGUUUGAGGACCUGAAGGAAAAACUGAUCCGGGAGUAUGUAAAGCAGACCUGGAACCUGCAGGGGGCAGCUCUGGAGCAGGCAAUCAUCAGCCAGAGGCCUCAGCUGGAGAAGCUCAUUGCCACCACUGCACAUGAAAGAAUGCCCUGGUUCCAUGGAGCAAUUACACGAGAAGACUCUGAGCCCAGGCUUCAAAAUGGCUCCCGUACAAAUGGAAAAUUCCUGAUUCGACAGAGAGACUUGAAUGGAUCUUAUGCUCUGUGUUUACUACAUGAAGGACAAGUCAUGCAUUAUCGCAUUGACAGGGACAGGACUGGCAAGCUCUCUAUCCCAGAUGGCAAGAAGUUUGACACCCUGUGGCAGCUGGUGGAGCAUUACUCAUACAAACCAGACGGCCUACUGCGAGUCCUAACAGAACCCUGUCCAAGACCUGAUGGAGAAAUUGGCCUGAUAGGGCGGCCACUACUCCCACGGGACUCUCCUGGACUAAGUUCUGCCCUUCAAAAUGCAGCAGGUGGAAUUCUCUCCAGACUCAAAACUGUCCCCAUACCUGGCCGAAAAAAGAGCCGGGGAUCUCGACACAACACCACAGAUAAUCUCAAUCCUUAUGAAACCAGGGUGCCCAACCAUCAAACAGGCAGCAAAGAGGCCAUGCCAAUGGACACAGAGGUAUAUGAGAGUCCAUAUGCAGACCCAGAUGAACUGAGGAGUUCCACAGUGGAUCGCAACCAGCUUUUCUUGGAGGAUGGAGAAUUGGGCUCUGGGAACUUUGGUACAGUCAUGAGGGGCAUCUACAAAAUGAGAAAGACGGAGAAGCCAGUUGCAGUCAAAAUUCUGAAGAACGAUGAUAACAACGCCUCCGUGCGUGAGGAGAUGCUGCGAGAAGCCAAUGUCAUGCAGCAGCUGGACAAUCCUUAUAUCGUUCGGAUGAUAGGUAUCUGUGAGGCAGAGAAUCUCAUGCUGGUCAUGGAGCUAGCUGAGCUGGGACCUCUCAACAAGUUCCUGCAGAAAAACAAGCAAACGACCUUAAAAAACAUCACGGAGCUGGUGCACCAGGUGUCUAUGGGGAUGAAGUACUUGGAGGAGCAUAACUUUGUCCACAGGGACCUUGCCGCCAGGAACGUGCUGCUGGUCACGCAGCACUAUGCCAAAAUCAGUGACUUUGGCCUCUCCAAAGCUGUUGCUGAGGAGCAAAACUACUACAAGGCCAAGGGUCAUGGGAAGUGGCCAGUGAAAUGGUAUGCUCCUGAGUGUAUAAACUACUUCAAAUUCUCAUCCAAAAGUGAUGUGUGGAGCUUUGGGGUGCUCAUGUGGGAGGCCUAUUCCUAUGGCCACAAACCAUACAAGGGAAUGAAAGGAAAUGAUGUCAUGCAGAUGAUUGAAAGUGGAAAGCGUAUGGAUGCCCCAGGCAACUGUCCACCAGAGAUGUAUGACCUCAUGACAACCUGCUGGACAUACAAGGCAGAUGAAAGGCCUGGAUUUACCAUAGUUGAGCCAAGACUACGAGAGUAUUAUUAUGACAUUGCACAGUGAUUCUUCAUACUGAUGUUAUGAGACUAUGCAAAAUGUUGGUUGAUGAGAAAAACUGCAUUUAUUAAUGUAUAAAUGUUUGGAGAUGAUUUUUAAAUAUAAAUGCAGUAGUAAAAUAUUAACUUCAACUGGAGGAUCCAACAAACUAUACAACUAAUUCAUUUGGUAGAUGUUUUUCAUACUGUAAGUGCAUUAUAUGUAUUAAAGCUUCACCACUGCAAUGUCAUUAUAGUUAAACCUAAAACCCUUGAAAGUCAAAUUGUUUCAGUGUAAUGGAGAGACAGUCAAGACCAUCAAUUUAUUUAUAUAUAGCUAAAUAUCACAAAUCACAAAAUUGCCAAAGGGGCUUUACAAUCUGUAGAGUAUACAACACCCUCUGUCCUUAGACCCUCGAAUAGGAUAAGGAAAAUCUCCCCAAAAAACCCUUCUACAGGGAAAUAACGGAUGAAACCUCAGGAAGAGCGAGGGAUCCUUCUUCCAGAACAGACAGUGAUGCAAUAGAUGUUAUGUGUACAGAACAGAACUACAUAGUAGAUACACAGUGUGGAUAAUCAGGAUGACAAAAUUAUAGACAGAUUAUAAACAUUUAUAAGAACAUGAUCUGGGAGGAUGUCAAGCAACUCCAAGGUGCAGGUAGGCUGCACCUUGGAGUUGCCUACCUACAGCACCUGAGCUGAUCCACCAUGAAGACCUGGAAAGAGGACAGACUACACAAAGACACAAAAAAUCUAGUGGCAAACUCAAGCACACCAUUCACACAUCGGAACAAACACACAAAGGGAGAGAGAGGAGAGAUAGACAAGGACAAACAUGCACACACAAGGGAGAGAGACUCCUGGAGGAUGGAAAAUUCCAGAUCCACAAUCUGGAAUGAGGCACCAGUAGACAGGGGAGAGAAAGAGGUCCCAGGACAGUCAGUGGUCCAGCACAGAGCCUGAAUGUAGAGAGAGGACAGGGAGAAGAAAGCGGGAGAGAGAGAGAGAGAGGGGAGAGCACGUAGCCUGGAUGCCCAUGUGCUUGCAGGACAAAGCAGUGGUAAUUAAUUCCAUGACUGUGUAUGAUUUGGCCAUGAGGUGAAAUAUAAGGAGAGAAAUUCAGAGGGACAAAAACAGAGCCCUGACGUACUACAUAUUUCACAUCAGAAAGGAUGAAACACACUGCGUUCUUUCAGAUAAGUAGGACUUUAACCAAUUGAGAGCCGGGCCAGAGACGCCAAAUUGGUUUUCCAAUUGGUCUAGGAGUAUACAGUGCUCUAUGGUGUCAAAAGCUGCACUGAGAUCCAGUAACAGAAGCACAGAGGUGGUAUCUGAAUCCAUCAUAAGCAGAAGAUCAUUUACUUCUUUAGUUAGUGCAGUUUCACUGGGCUGAAAGCUAAGCUAAGACACAAUUCUUUCAAGUACUCUUUAUAAUUAUUAUUAAAGAUUAAGAUGCGGUUUCUUAAUCAAGAUGCGGUUUCAGCAGUCAUCAACUGGCAUCAUCCCCAGUACCGUUAAUCUAGUUGGGAUGAUGCCAGUUGUAAUAAAUAAGUUAACAAUAUUCAGCAUUAUAGGUCCCAAAACUUAUCUUUGACAAAUUUCAUCUGGUAGAGGGUCAAGGAGGCAAGUAGUAGGUAAUAGACGUAACCACCAGUUUAGACAAUAUUUUAAGAGAUAUAGUCUCAAAAUAUGUCAAAACAGAGACUAUUUUGGAUUCUAAAUACUUCUCAGCUGAUUCUACAGAAGUAGCUGAAGAUGAGGAAAUAAUUUUGUAUCUAAUCUCAUCUAUCUACAGAAAACUUUUGAGCUGUAAAGGACGAGCAGCUAAGACAGGGCUGUUUUUGAGUAAGUUUAGCUACUGUGUGAAACAGAAACCUAGCAACCUUGUGUUUAAUGUUACUGAUUAAGUGAGAGAAAAAGAUUGCUUCAAGUUCAAUACACACACGUGUCAUGAGAGGUGGAAAGCUUCCAGUUUUGAUUCAUGCCAUUUGUGUUCUAAAUUCCUGCAGUUGUUUCUUCAGUCUAGUUUGGUAGUAACAGUUGCAACUGAAUUCAGGAUACUAGAAAGAGCUGUGUUUAAGUCACUGAUACAGUUUUCAACAAGGGCCUGUUGCUGAAGUGAAAGGACAGGACCAUCGGCAAUUGCUCACCAAGAGCAGUUAAUGGACCUGUGUGGUGAGUGAUAAAUACAUCAGCACCAACAUUAAAAGGGAAGGCUAGUAGUUAACACUUCAAUUGUAAUAAAAAAGUGAUCUGAUAUCCCGUGUGAUAGAAUCAAGUGAAGGGCGUUACCACUGCGGUGAGUAGUUUCAUGCACAAGCUAGGUGAGACCAAAAGUAGUGGCAGAAAGGCUUUACUAGAUAAUCACUGGCCUUAUUCAGGUGAAUAUUAUAUAAUAUUGAAAUCACCAAUAAUUAAAAUCUCCUCAGAAUGAGUAACAAGGUCUGACAAAUUCUCCAAAUUCUUCUAAAAAUUGGGAAUAAGGGUCCGAUGAUGUGUAGAGUACCAUGAGGUGGAGUGGUCGGAGUCUGUUGCCUGGACAAAGUAAUUCAUAAAUGAUGUUUUAAUACAAGAACCUCAAAUGAGUCUAAUGUAAUAUCAAGUCAGGAGGUUACAUUGAAAAUAGACUAGAUUAAUGCAAUACCACCCCCUUCUUUAAUAGCCCAAGUUACAGGGACAUUGGUAAGCUCAGGUGCGAAGCUUCAUUUAAUUUUAAAAAUAUUUAGUUUAAGCCAUGCUUCACAUAAAGCAAUCAUAUCAAGGUUAUGCUGAAGAAUCAAAUCAUUUAUCAUUAAGGCUUUAGUAGAUAAUGAUCUGGUAGUUAAAAAACAAGGAGGAAUUCCCUGGCUGGACAUAUUAACUAAGCUAGUGGACUCCAAAACCCCACUGCCUAUUAACCUUGCAGGCUCUCUAAUCCUCACCAGGGCUGUAGUCUCCCAGUUGACUGGUUGAUUGGUUGGUUGAUAUUUUCACAUCCAACCAAAUUCUCAUUGGCCAAAUUCACAACCCCCACAAAUCUGUUUUCACAACUUUGAACUCGCCCAAAGUUUAUGAACGAUUACUAAGUGUCGGCUACGAGGUAAUUGACCUAAUGUCAAAGAAGUUGUCGUAGUGACUACAUUUUGUUAAAACAGACCCAAAAGCCGAGUGUAAGUUUGCAAACAGCAGUUGGCAUUCCACAGAAAAUACUAGCCUUUUCUGUUUAUUUUCGAAUUCAUUUAGACUAAUUAUGCUACCAGGUAGAGUGCACUCAGUGCAUUGUGGCCAUUUUAGUUAUUAUAGAGAUAAAAUGCAGACUUAGUGUUUUCCCCCGCAACCAAUUAAUUGGUUGAAGAGUAGGUACAAUAUCAGUCGACCAGGAUUUUUCUUUGGUUGACUACAGCUCUACUAAUUACCUGUGACCUGCCGAGCGCCAAGUCCCAAGUCCCUAAUGUCAAUCCUGACGUAAAUAUCUGUCUGUACUUAAAUAAAAGGACAGUUAUCAACAAAACCAAAUCCCUGCUCACUACAGUAACGAACCAGCCACCAGUUCAGUGAAGUCGACCACGGACAAUUAACCAAUGUCAACUCAUCUUUCUGGCAGAGUCAAACGGCCUGGCUAGGCUCUCUUUUGUGAUCUCAGACUGCUUCAUACUAAUGUUAUUGUGCUGACAUAGAUUACAAUUCAGUGUUUGAAUUACAGGGAGCAAGGGGGGCUUAGCACAUUGGCCACUGAAGUGCACCUCCAUUCAGUUCAGCAGCCUCUCUCACAUCUCAUCAACAUCCUCCCAUAGCAUUUUUCUACACAAUGAGAAAUUAUGAAACAAAUUAGUUAUGAAACUAGAGACAGGUCAAAAUUUCUCGCUAUGAAAUGAGCCCACAAUGUAAUUUGAACCCUGAUCACAAAGUUGCCUGGGUUCCCUGUUUCUCCUCUAUGUCUCAAGCUCUGGCUCUGGAUAGACAGUAAACUGUAGGUGACGAUGCUGAUCUGUCGGUAUUGGAGUCUGUUAUUAAUAGCAUGCGUUGUUUAACGCUAUUGGCGGUGGAGGCAUGCAUGCAGACAGCACAAACAAUGGGGACAAACAAUGGGGCAGAUUUUUCAACUACUUGAAAAAUUUGUGAAUGUUCAAGCAGUUCAUUUUUUCAAACGAAAAAAUGGAAAAACAAAGUGUUCUUCCAUUUUUGUUGUCAGAAUCACAAACAAAAAACCAGAAAACCAUUAAGCUACUCCCCAACACUGGUCAUGAAUAAAAGGCUAAUAGUCUAUAAUACUAACUCAGUCCCCUGACCCAGGUUGAGGGACUUCCAGGGGCUCCCCAAUAAAAUGGGGAGUAUUUUAAUUUCACUAUUAUUUCAUUAAUAAGAAGUUAUCACAACGAGAGAAUGUAUAAGAAUGACUAUUCUGUUCAUAGGAUUCACACUCUUCACUGUCAUCUGAAAAAAUAGUGAAUGAUUACUGUGAAUGAUGAGUGUUGAUCGUAUAUAUUUGAAAAUGAGUGCGGCUUCACAGACUCCCACUCAAGGAUGGGUGCUGGGGGAGGUGGGCUGCCCACCUCUGAGUAGACGGUGUUAAUUUUUUUUUUUUAAAUAUAAAUUUCAUGACGUGAAGAAGCCCCGAACGGUUGACUCUAUGUCAUCUUUGGCCUUGCAACGUUCAGUGCGAUUUAAAACAGUGGGUGACGUGUUGAGCCAUUUUAAACCCAUGAAAUGCUGAUUUUUAUAACUUUGCAAAAAGACAUAAAUACCAACGCAAGCACUGAUGUGUGUCAUCACAGUACAGUCAUAUCCUUUAGUUUACAGCUCAAAGAACACACUUAAGUGUCCAGUACCUCUUUAAUUGAUUUAAUUUAGGUUUAAAAUUGAUAUAAUGAAAUUAAGAUCACAAAAUCAGCAUGUCAGGCAUUGUGAUCGCCAUUUAAUACCAUUUUUGUAUUCAAUAUAAUAAACGUGACAUUACAUUAUUGCUUGUUUACUCUUAGCCAUUUAUUGUGUUGGUGCAUGCUGCCGCUGGAAUUUCUCUCUGUGUCUGAUCGGACCUAGUCUGGGUCCGGUCACAUGUUACAUGGCUUUGCAAUUUGUCUUGACAAACCACUGUACAACAUAUACAGAAGGGUGACAAAUUAAAGGAAAAACCAACAUAAAGUGUCUUAGUAAGGUGUUGGGUCACCACGUGCCUCCAGAACAGCUUUAAUG